UCUCUCUUUAUCCAUUCUCACCAAAAGCAAAUAAUUACACAAGAUCCAGAACCCAUGAUGAAAGUAACCAAACCUUGCUACAAUGUUCCCAUCCCCCAUUUUCAAGCUUUGAACGAUUCUCCAACCAAACCAAAAGAAUUGGUAACCUGCAAACUUUCUUCUUCCAAUACAAACCCAUUCCUUACCAAAACCCAGAAAAUUGUGUCACUGCCGUUAUCAGCAUCAUCAUUGUUUUCCACUCUAGCUUCCAUUCCCUCCUUCCUUUACGCUUCCUUCUCCAAAAUCCUUGAUCCACCUCUUCAACCUUUGGUUGAUCCAAGGCAUCUGUAUACAGGAAACUUGGCUCCAGUCGAUGAGAUGGAACCGACGGAUUGCCCCGUAAUUGAAGGUAAGCUUCCACUUUCUUUAAAGGGUGUUUACAUCCGCAAUGGUCCAAACCCACAAAUCCAAUCUCCUCGGGCUCUCCUCUUGUUCGAUGGAGAUGGCAUGCUUCAUUCCUUGAGAUUUUCCAAUGGUCAUGCUACGUAUUGUUGCCGCUAUGUCAGGACUUACAAGUAUAAGCUCGAGGGAGAAGCUGGUUUUCCUCUCAUUCCGAAUGUGUUUUCAGGAUUCUUUGGCUUUGGAGAUAUUGUUCGCUUUCUUAUGACUACAAGGAGGAUCAUGACAGGCCAUAUAAAUCUGAUGAAUGGCUUUGGCGUGGCCAACACUGGCCUUGCCUUCUUUUCGGAUCAUCUCUUUGCUCUUUGCGAGUCUGAUUUACCAUAUAUUAUCAAUUUAACGCAAGAAGGUGAUAUUGAAACUUUAGGACGUUGGGAAUUUGAGAAAAAGUUACUGUCUAACAUGACUGCACAUCCCAAAGUCGAUUUGGAUACAAAGGAGACAUUUGCUUUUUCAUGGAGCCUAAGUUUCCCUCAUCUCAAGUUCUUCCACUUCGAUGGAAAUGGUGUUAAACAAAACGAAGUACCCAUUUUCUCUAUCAAUCAACCUUGUUUCAUCCAUGAUUUUGCCAUAACCAAGCGAUUUGCGAUUUUCCAUGAAACACAAUUGGUAUAUUCAUUAGGAAAAGUGAUGACAGGAAGAGGCACCCUGGUGGAUUAUGAACCAAAUAAAACUCCAAGAAUUGGGAUCAUACCAAAAUAUGCCAUUAAUGACUCUGAGAUGAGGUGGGUUCGUGUCCCAGGUUUCAAUACCAUUCAUAUUAUAAAUGCUUGGGAAAAUGGAGAUGAUGAGAUAGUUUUUAUGGCAUCUAAUAUUAUCUGUGUCACAAACAUUUUUAAUAAGACUGUCGAUGUCUCAUUGGAGAAAGUAAAGAUCAACAUCAAAACAGGAGAUGUUUCUAGAAAGAUUAUUUCUCCAAGAAAUUUGGAAUUUGGAUCAAUAAAUCCUUCCUAUGUGGGGAGAAAAACACGUUAUGCCUAUCUAGGAGUGCUUGAAGAGGUCCCAAAAAUGUCAGGUUUGGUGAAAAUUGAUUUGGAAACAGGGCGUGAAGUUGCAAGAAGAUUUUAUGGACCUGGUUGCUUUGGAGGGGAGCCAUUAUUUGUAACAAAAGAUAUGGAAAAUAUUCAUUCCGAUGAAGAUGAUGGCUAUGUAAUGAAUUAUGUGCACGAUGAGAAGGCUAAUGAGUCAAAAUUCAUAAUAAUGGAUGCCAAAUCCCCAGAACUUGACAUUGUGGCAGUGGUGAAGCUUCCAAGCCGGGUUCCAUAUGGCUUUCAUGGUCUAUUUUUUAGCAUGUAAAAUCUCUGUUUUCUUUUUAUUUAUUUUUUUAGAUUGAUUAAGAAAAAUGUUAAUGAUAGUCACCCCCACCCUAAAAAAUAAUGUCCAUCUCUGCUGUUUAUAAUAAAA